AUGUCUGAAUCUGGCCCUCCCCCGCCCAGCGGUACUUCAGCAAACACGGGGAAGGGCAGCGCAGUACGAAAGGCAUUUCCUCAUGUCGACUUAGCAGGACAUGAUCUCCCGCCCUCUCCAGCUCCGUCAAGCCCAAGAACAGGGCGUAGAUACGCCCUCGCAACUGAAUUGGUGUAUACCGAGGGCAAUGACCAGUUCAACGCCAGUAGCGUGCCAAUAUACCAGAGUGCUACAUUUAAACAGACCUCUGGGGGAGGCGGUGGUGAAUAUGACUAUACACGAUCGGGAAACCCUACGAGGACACAUCUUGAACGUCACCUGGCUAAGAUCAUGUCUGCACAACGAGCACUCGUCGUAUCGUCCGGCAUGGCAGCAUUGGAUGUCAUCACACGACUCCUUAAGCCUGGCGAUGAGGUGGUGACGGGAGACGAUUUGUAUGGAGGGACCAAUCGACUUCUCAAAUACUUGUCUACCCACGGAGGAAUCAUCGUGCAUCACGUUGAUACAACCAAUCCUGAAAACGUUGAGCAGGUACUCAACUCCAAGACGGCAAUGGUCUUGCUGGAAACACCCACGAAUCCACUGAUUAAAAUCGUCGAUAUACGUCGUAUCUCCACAGUGACCCAUGCGAAGAACCCUGGCGCUUUGGUUGCAGUAGACAACACCAUGCUUUCUCCACUAUUGCUUAACCCCCUGGAUCUUGGAGCAGAUAUCGUGUAUGAGAGUGGAACCAAAUACCUCUCUGGUCACCACGACUUGAUGGCAGGUGUGAUUGCAGUCAACGAUCUAACCCUCGGAGACAAGCUAUAUUUCCCUAUCAAUGCCUCCGGGUGCGGCCUGUCACCGUUUGAUUCAUGGCUCCUCCUUCGCGGCAUCAAGACGCUCAAGGUACGCAUGGAACAGCAACAAAACAAUGCCCAACGGAUUGCGGAGUUUCUUGAAUCACACGGCUUCCGUGUUCGAUACCCCGGCCUCAAAUCUCAUCCUCAAUAUGAUCUGCACUGGACGAUGGCUCGGGGGGCUGGCGCAGUUCUCUCGUUCGAGACGGGAGACGUUCUGAUAAGUGAGCGUAUUGUCGAAAGCGCGAAGCUAUGGGCUAUCAGUGUUAGUUUUGGAUGUGUGAACAGUUUAAUCAGCAUGCCAUGCCGUAUGAGCCAUGCCAGCAUCGAUGCAAAGACUCGUAAGGAGAGAGCCAUGCCAGAAGAUCUGAUCCGGCUUUGCGUAGGCAUCGAGGAUCCAGAUGAUUUGAUUGAUGAUUUGAGAAGAGCUCUGGUGCACGCUGGUGCAGUGAACGUUACCUUAGAAGGUUUCCAAAACAUUAACCUGAGCUCCAGCAGUUCAGAGGAUAGCGCUCCACCACCACAGUCGUCGACGACCUAA